AUGGCAAGCAUUGUUCCCGACACCCUAAAGAAAGCAGGAAACGUAGUCAUGGGUCAAUCAAACAAGAAGAACUCUCAGCUCGCUGAGUACAUGGUCGAGCCUAACCCCAAGGCUCCCAUGACCACCGACUUUGGCACCAAGAUCGAGAACACGGACGACUGGUUGAGAGUCACUACUGAUGACAAGACCGGUCCUAUGCUUCUCGAGGAUGCCGUUGCGAGAGAAAAGAUCCACCGAUUCGACCACGAGAGAAUUCCCGAGAGAGUCGUCCAUGCCAGAGGUGCCGGUGCUUUCGGUACCUUUAGACUCUUCGAGAGUGCCGCAGAUGUGAGCAAUGCUGGCAUCUUGACCGACACUUCGCGCGAGACCCCUGUGUUCCUCCGGUUUUCCACCGUUCUCGGUAGCAGAGGCAGCGCCGACACCGUUCGCGAUGUCCGCGGAUUCGCCAUCAAGUUCUACACGGAGGAGGGCAACUGGGACCUCGUUGGAAACAACAUUCCCGUCUUCUUCAUCCAGGACGCCAUGAAGUUCCCCGAUGUCAUCCACGCAGGCAAGCCUGAACCUCAACUCGAAUUCCCCCAGGCUCAGUCCGCACACGACAACUUUUGGGACUUCCAGUACCUGCACACUGAGGCCACCCACAUGUUCUGCUGGGCUAUGUCCGACCGUACCAUCCCCCGCUCCUACAGAAUGAUGCAAGGCUUCGGCGUCAACACGUACACCCUUACCAACGACAAAGGCGAACGCCACUUUGUCAAGUUUCACUUCACCCCUGAGCUCGGUGUCCACUCUCUCGUGUGGGACGAGGCUCUGAAGCUCGCCGGCCAGGAUCCCGACUUCCACCGAAAGGACUUGGCCGAGGCCAUCGAGAACGGCGCCUAUCCCAAGUGGAAGUUCGGCAUCCAGGUCCUUCCCGAGUCCAAGGAGCAUGACUUCGACUUCGACAUUCUCGACGCCACCAAGGUCUGGCCUGAGGAGCAGAUUCCCAUCCGCUACAUCGGCGAGCUGGAGUUGAACAGAAACCCCGACGAGUACUUCACCCAGACCGAACAGGUCGCCUUCUGCACCAGCCACGUCGUUCCUGGCAUCGGCUUUUCCGACGACCCUCUCCUUCAGGGCCGCAACUUUUCUUACUUUGAUACCCAAAUCACUCGCCUCGGCAUCAACUGGCAGGAACUUCCCAUCAACAAGCCUGUAUGCCCCGUCAUGAACUUCAACCGCGAUGGCCAGCAUCGCCAGACCAUUUCCAAGGGCAACGUCAACUACUGGCCCAACCGCCACGAGGCCGUCCCCCCCGCCAACCACUCCAAGGUCUCUGGUGCCUACGUCGACUUCGCCCAAAAGGUGGAAGGAAUAAAGCAGCGCACCAAGAGCGCCAAGUUCAAGGAGCACUUCAGCCAGGCCCAGCUCUUCUACAACAGUCUGUCUCCCAUCGAGAAGAUGCACGCAACAAACGCCUUCGCUUUCGAGCUCGACCACUGCGAGGACCCCAUUGUCUAUGAGCGCAUGUCGCAGCGCCUUGCUGACAUUGACCUUGACUUGGCGCAGGCUGUUGCCGAGAUGGUUGGAGCCACCAAGCCUGAGAAGGCCGGUCGUCCCAACCACGGCAACAAGGCCAAGGGACUCAGCCAGCUGGAGUUUGUGCCCGAGACGCCCACCAUCAAGUCCCGUCGUGUUGCCAUCAUUAUUGCCGAUGGCUACGAUCCUGUUGCCUUCGGUGCUGCCAAGGCUGCCGUCGCAGCUUCCAUGGCCAUCCCCAUGGUAAUUGGCACUCGGCGUUCGGAGAUCUUCCCCGCUGGAGCAUCCAAGACGCCUGGCGAGGGUGUUGUGCCCGCCCACCAUCUCGAGGGUUUUAGGUCUACGAUGGUUGACGCGAUCUUUGUCCCCGGCGGCGAGGAAUCCAUCAAGACGCUCACCAAGAACGGCAGAGCUGUGCACUGGGUCCGGGAGGCGUUUGGUCAUCUCAAGGCCAUUGCUGGCACCGGUGAGGCUGUCGACUUCAUCCGUACCGCCAUCACUCUUCCCGAGGUUACUCUGUCCAGCGGUAGCAAUGUUGAAUCGAGCUAUGGCGUUGUAACGAUGAGGUCAUUCUCACCCGAUAGCCUGAAGGAAACAGUCGAGAUUGUCAAGAACGGCACGGGAUUCUUGGAGCAGUUCUUCCUGACUAUCGCACAGCAUCGCGUGUGGGCUCGUGAGCUCGACGGUCUGAGCACUCAGCUGGCGUACUGA